GGAAGUCGACCCCACCUAUUAGCUAAUCCCUUUCACUUUCUUUCCUUUUUAGAACCCUAAUUUCAUUAAUUAGUAUUUGCAUGAAGCGGUCGAAUAAUCCACGUGCCUCUCUUACUAUUUUUCUUCUUCUUCUCUUCUUUUCUCCACCGCCGUUCUUUCAUUCCUAUUCCCGGCAAAAAAUAUUACGUGUAACUCCACGCGCUUCAUUACUCUCUCUCUCUCUCUCUCUCUAACUCUCUUUGAUGAUUAGUUUCAUAGUUUCAUUUUCUUCUCAUAAAAUUUAUAAUAAAAUAGAUUAUUCUAUUUUGUAAAUAAAAUAUUCAAUUUCAGUAGCAUUAACUGAACAAGAAGAAGAAGAAGAAGAAGAAGAAGAAGAAGAAGACGACUCUGUGAUUAAUUGAUUCAACGCGUAUUCGAUUUUGUCCUUUUUCGAAAAUCACCGACUUCAACUACAUCAUCACUCGCACACUUCACCAUCUUUUUCACUUUCUGGUUUUCAUGGCGUUUGAUCAAACUUCUAGCCCUAAAACUAUGCUGCCACCACCGGUGAACAACGUUAUCCGAUCGGAUGAGUCGGUGAAUGUAGGUUCCGGUGCGGCGGUUCCGGUUUAUUAUCCUGAUACUGGGUUGGUUGGAGUAGGAUAUGGAAAUGUUGCUUCUGGUGGUGGUUCUUCUACAACAUGGUGUAUUCGACCUCAUCCACCUUUGAACCCUAAUGUUGGGUUUAAUUUCCCCAAUCGUGUUGCUGUUGGCAAUGCCGUUGAUCUUUCGGGUAGUUUUGUUGCAACUUCUAAUGGUUAUCCUUUGAAUUUGGGUAAUUGGGUUACUACUGGUAAUGCUUUGGAUAGUAAUAGUAAUAGUAAUAGUAAUAAUAGUAUUCAGUAUGGUAGCAGAGUGAUUGGUAAUGGUACUGGUGUUGGGUUGAUUGGGACUCCUUCCGAUCAUGUUAAUCAAUCCGCUAGCCAGGCGAGUGAAAACAGCGGGGAUGAUUCUGUUUCCGGGCGGAAAUUGAAGUUUAUGUGUAGUUAUGGUGGGAGGAUUUAUCCUAGACCUAGUGAUGGAUUGUUGAGGUAUGUUGGUGGGCAGACUAGGAUAAUAAGUGUUAAGAGAAAUGUGAGUUUUAAUGAUUUGGUGCAAAAGAUGGUUGAUACUUUUGGCCAACCUGUUGUCAUCAAAUAUCAGCUUCCUGGUGAGGAUCUUGAUGCAUUGGUCUCGGUUUCUUGUGCCGAUGAUCUUGAUAAUAUGAUGGAGGAGUAUGAAAGGUUGAUUCAGAGGUCUAAAGAUGGUUCUCCUAAGUUAAGGGUUUUUCUGUUUUCUGCUUCCGAAUUGGAUCCUUCAGGUCUGCAACAGUUUGCAAAUUUAAAUGAUGGUGGGCAGAAAUAUGUUGAAGCAGUGAAUGGAAUUUUCGAGAGGAUUGAUGGAAACAAACUCACAAGGAAAGGGAGUCUUACAAGUGCUGCAUCUACUCAAAAUUCUGAUUUGAGUGGGUUCGAGGCUCCUGAUAGCACAAAUGCUGCUCAAGUUGAUGUUAAUGGCCUACCUAUGUCCACCACUUUAUCACCCGAUGCGAAUGUCAUUGCAUCCCAUGAUGCUACUACUGCAAAUGUUAUGGUUUCUGACCCUGUUGAAUCGGUACACUCAAGUGUUUCUGCAGUUUCAUUGGGGAUACCUGUGGCUAAUUCAGCUCCAACUCAGCCUCCACCUUUCCAGAAUGAGGUUGAGGUAGAGAAGUUGGUGCCUGUUACUUUAUCCCAACAGCAAUUUGGCUUGCAGCAGUCUGGAAUGCAAAUUCCACCAUCUGCGCCUUUGCAGGCAUUCACUGAUCCUCGACAACAAGUUCUGAACCAUCCAGAUUAUGUCCCAAUGCCUGCCCACAUGGGAUUCCCAAAUCCCCAGCCUGUAGGUAGGUCUGGGACUAUCUACUCUCAGCAGUAUUUUCAUGAUAAUACUGCUCGUUUUACAUCCCAACAGGUAAUCCCUGCAUUGCAUGUGACAAUGACUCAGCCAUCUUCUCAUGCCGGUAUAAGACCAAGUGUUAUUCAACCACAACAAGUCAUACAUGGGCAACAGAACGGUUUUGAGCAAUAUUAUGACGAAAAUACUUCAGGGCUAAGGAUGCACCACCAGCUUAUUUCUGAGCAAAGUUGCAAAGCAUAUCCAGUUCAAGUCCCUUUCGGAGGUAAUUAUGGCUGGGUUCAAAUUUCUCCUUCAGAGCAUGUUUUUUAUCAUGAUGGAAUGUUACCUCAACAACCAGUAAUGGUCCCUCAAAGAGUAGAGGAUUGUUAUAUGUGUCAGAAAAAACUGCCUCAUGCUCAUUCAGAUCCAGUGGUUCAGGAUCAGCAUAAUAGCUGUGUAGGUUCAGUUCCUGAUUCAAUGCCAAGUUACAACAGUCUCCCGGUAGAGGACAAUUUAAGAGCUCAACCAACAAACAGGGUGUCGGUGACUGCACAAGUGAAGGAAGGCAAUGUUAAUGUUGAACAAGCAGUUGGGACCAGACCCAGGGACAUUAUAUCGUGUGGUGACACAAGUGGUCUUCCUCUGGAGGCUGAAGGUGAGAGAAAUAGGUCUGAUCAUCCCAGAAACGCAGUGAUUAUCCCGGAAAUGGUUGCAAGAACAGGUGAAAAACAGUCGUCAGGGGACGGGCUUACAGGAACAGCACCACUGUCUUAUCUUGAUGAUUUCGCCCGCCAGCACAUGGUGCCAGUUGAAACCUGGGCCAAAGAAGAUGUGGUCUUGAAUACGCCUGUUAAUGAAAUACCUUUAGUUGGUGGCACAUCAGUUGAAAAUUCUGUGUGUAGGGUUCAAGAAUCAUCAACAGAAUAUACUAAUGAGCUUGCUAAUACAAUUUCAAAAGCAGAUGUUGUGGAGAAUUGGAUUGCACAGGACCUGCUCAAACCUAUUGAUGGAGGGAUGGACAACCUCAAGAUAAGAAAUCCUGAAACUUUUGUAAAUAAUGAUAAUUUUGAUUAUAGUACUCAGCAUGCUAUAGAGAAGAAAGGGGUGGAUUUGGAUAACAUUGGCAGGUCAAAAUUGAUUGCUGAUGGAAAUCAAAUUAAGAUGGUUGAUACUCUUCCUAAUCCCACUGUAGAAAUUUCAUAUGGUAAUAAAUCCAGGCCAGUGGAGUACAAUGAGGUUGCACACUCGCCUGUUUGGGGAAGUCCUGGAACAAAUCCUCAAUCGAAGAAUGGAAACCAUCAGAAGGAUGAUGCAGUUUUAUCUUCAAUUUCGCAACCUGUUGGGUUUGGACAUGUGCAGGAUUCUUCAAACUCACUUUUUAGCAAUCAGGAUCCAUGGAAUAUACACGGUACCUACUAUCCACCACCUAGACCUGACAAAGUCACAUCAAAGAAAGAAACCUAUUCUUAUAUGGAUCAGUUAGGUGAGAAUUCAGGUAACGGUGUUGAACAAAAGUUUGAUGGUCAAUUGAAUGAUGGUCUCUAUCAGACAUUCAAACAGAAUUCAACAUUAGAAGAAGCACGAUAUACCAAGGAAGACCAACAACUUCAAGCUGUUGCUGAAAGUUCAGCUGCAUCUGUUUUGCACUCAAGCACUUCAAAUCCUGACUUACAUGCCCGAGAUGUGUCCCUUCAUGAAAACAUUGAAGAUGGAGAUGUUCAAAAUAAUCUACUAGAUGUACACUGUAAAGAAAAAGCUCAGGAUGACAAAAGCAAUCUGUCAGAGAAAGCAAAUUUUGGCUUUCCAGCAUCAGAUGUUGGAUCAUUACAGAUUAUUAAAAAUAGUGACCUUGAAGAGCUAGUAGAAUUGGGCUCUGGGACCUUUGGGACUGUGUAUCAUGGAAAGUGGAGAGGUACUGAUGUUGCAAUAAAGCGGAUCAAUGAUAGGUGUUUUGCUGGAAAGCCUUCAGAGCAAGAGCGCUUGAGAGCUGAUUUUUGGAAUGAAGCAAUCAAGCUUGCUGACUUGCACCACCCAAACGUGGUAGCUUUUUAUGGUGUUGUUCUUGAUGGCCCAGGAGGGUCUGUGGCAACAGUAACAGAGUAUAUGGUUAAUGGUUCUCUAAGAAAUGCCUGCCAGAAGAAUGGAAGGAAUCUUGACAAGCGCAAGCGUCUUAUGAUUGCAAUGGAUGUGGCCUUUGGCAUGGAGUACCUCCAUGGAAAAAACAUUGUGCACUUCGACUUGAAAAGUGACAACUUGCUUGUGAAUCUUCGUGAUCCACACCGCCCAAUAUGCAAGGUUGGAGACUUGGGUCUGUCCAAAGUAAAAUGCCAGACUCUAAUAUCCGGUGGUGUGAGAGGAACCCUACCUUGGAUGGCACCUGAACUCCUGAAUGGGAGUAGUAGCCUUGUUUCAGAAAAGGUUGAUGUGUUCUCAUUUGGUAUUGUCAUGUGGGAACUGCUCACUGGAGAAGAGCCGUAUGCUGAUUUGCACUAUGGGGCCAUCAUAGGUGGAAUUGUGAACAACACUUUGCGGCCUCCAGUUCCAGAAUCUUGUGAUCCAGAAUGGAGAGUGCUGAUGGAGAGGUGCUGGUCUUCAGAACCAUCAGAAAGACCUUCAUUUACCGAGAUUGCCAAUGAUUUACGUUCCAUGGCGGCCAAGAUCUCUCCCAAAGGACAAAAUCAACAGCAGCAGCCUGCUUCAUCUCAGAAUCAGGUGCAGAAAUAAUUUCCUACAACUACAGGAGCGAGAUGCUUAAUCCUAUAUCCGUCUAUGGUUUGUGUUUCCCAUCCAAUUGGCAAUAUUUGCUUUAUGAAGGUCUUGUAAGUGUCAGAAGGUAACCUAUGGUUGUUAAUAAGUGUCAGGUUGUCUAGUACUACUACCUAUUCUUGUAAUACACCCAAGGUCAGUACUAUAAAAGAAAAAAGAUAAAAGAAAAAGAAAAAUGUUUGUCAGUAUUCUAAAUUUUUUACAGUGCUUGUAAAAAUUGAUAUUGUAAAGAGGAACAGCACUUUUAACUGUGUUUGCAAUUGUUACUGUUGUUCCAUGUUUAAAGUGAUUAUUGUACUAAA